CUCAUGGUUGCUCCAGCUCUGUGACUUUAUGUCCGUAGAUGGCUAGCGCGAUAUCGGCUGCUUUAGCCAACUCUGCGGCGAAGCUCUCAUCUUCCCUCAUCUUCCCUGAAGGCUUAACGCUAGCACAAUAAAAAAAAAGCCACAGAGGACAUGGGAUGCCCAAAUCGACAUCUCUCUUACGCCGCAUGGCGGUUACAGGUCUUUCGUCGAAUUUUCCUACCGGCGUCUGAGAUCCCAAAUUCGACAUACAACUUCCGGCGGAAUCUCUCGAGCUCAAUUCAUCUCCGAAGCGACGCGCGACAGCAGAACGCGCCACCAUCGCAUGGAAAAAGCAAUGGUGUGAACGAUGACAACCUCUUAGGACACGACCAGCAGGGUUCGCUAUCUAAUACUGAAAAUGCCGCGCUUCGUCCAUCCCAAUCACUUCCUCAAUCCCCGCUUCUGACGAAGCUCCGAGACCCGUCACAGAAGAAACGAAAGAGAGAUCCCACGACAGAAGACGUUGAUAGAUUGCGGCGGAAUCCGUGGGCAGUUGCUUUAGCUUCACCACCACGAUACUGUAUCGCAACUGGCACUAGACUGCCGAAGGCUUUUCUGGGAGACUAUGGACUUUUGCGCCCAAAUGAGGAGAGCGAGAGUCUCUGGUUCAUGCCAGUUAGUCUUCUGAAGGAUGAGCUGAAAGCUGUGGCCGCAAAAAACCAGACCUCUUCCGGAGGCACAGGCCCCGAAGAACAAAAAAAUCCUGUUACGGCAUCGAAGCUCGAUCCUCUACGUAUGCCGUCCGUCCGGAUAGUCGAUCGCUUUCAUCUACUUAAGGAAGCCACGAGACAGUUCCUUGUUGAUCGUCUAUCUAGAAGGAGGAAGUCUGCUGUCAGCAACAUCAUUCCUUUUCGAUGGAGACAUCCACACGGUCCACUGAACAGUCGGUCUGAGAAGAACCUGGUCUGGCGCGAGGAUAUGCCAGAGUUCGUGCUGGCACAUAUGAGAAAGGAGGCAGUGAAGGAGCUGGGAAGAGUCUGCAGACAUAAUUUGAAUAUCAACACAGCUGAUGGUGUCUGGACUGCCUUUGGCCUUUCAGAUAGCUCAGAGACGGCGUUAGUUGAAGGUAUGAAGCAGCUACCAGAUUUUGAGAAUAUGGAGUGGGGAGGGGUAUUAGUCUUGGGACCUGGUAAUGGGGAGGAACACUCGAAUAAUGCUCAGCCAGCUCGAGAACCUGGCUCAUUUGCGUCACCUUUCCCUGACUAUAUCACUCUGCCACAGCGCGGAAAGAAGGUACCCGUUUUCGAUCUGUCGGUACUCCUGAGCAAAGAGAACCUGGAUGAGUUGAGGAGACUUCAUCCUAGGUUCCGGGAGAGUGCACUUUUUUUCCGGCCUGGUGGAACUACUCCCGUAGAGCCAAUGCUGAUGUUGUGGAAACUGAAAGGAUACGUUAUGUACGAUAACCAGCACCCGAGCCGGGACUGAUGUCUGCCACUGUACAUUAAGAAUUGACAGCAACUUUUCAUUGAAUAAUGUAUUCUAGAUCACGAAGCUGCCAGUAUCGGGUAUAUGUGAAAUGGAAGCGGAGAUCUAUGUGUAGCUCUAGUCUCUUUAUGUCUUGUGACCGAG